UAACGUAAUAAAGUACGAGGCGAUACGAAUGAUUUGUAGUUGUUUAUGUAGCGGGAAAAUAUUGGUCUUUUAUAGAACUAUAGAAUAUUUUUAAAAAGUUGUGUACGAGGAAAAAAGAUAUUGGAAAACGUUUCAUUAUAAUGGAUAUGCAGGAUUUCUGUCGAAGAUUACCUAAAGUGGAACUUCAUGCACAUUUAAAUGGUUCAUUAAGUAUGAAUACCCUGCAAAAAUUAUACAAAAUGCAAGAUUCAGAUGUUGCUCUAUGUGAUCAAGCUUUUAUGAAUACCACUAAUUUCUCAUCCUUAAGCGAAUGUUUUAAAGUAUUUGAUAUAGCACAUGCGCUAACAAUUACACCACAGGCUGUAUUUAUUGCUACUUGCGAUGUGAUAAAAGAAUUUCACGAGGACAAUGUGAUUUAUUUAGAAUUGAGAAGCACACCUCGUGCUGUAAAGGACUCAAUGACGAAAACAGAAUAUCUUGAGGCAAUAAUAAAAGCUUUCGAAACAUCCAAAUCGCAGUUUCCACAGAUUCUUGUAAAACUAUUAAUAUCUAUUAAUAGGAAACAAGGUUAUGAAUCUGCAAAAGAAAAUAUUAAUCUUGCGAUAGAGUUUAUGAAGAGAUACCCAGAAUACAUUGUUGGUAUCGAUCUUAGCGGUGAUCCAGCUGUGAGCUAUUCAUUUUUAGAAUUAUUAGAAAUGUCUAGAAAAGCAGGACUUAAAAUUGCAGCUCAUUGUGCAGAGGUACCAAAUGAAAUGGAAAUAGAUGAUAUAUUAAAAUUUAAACCCAAUCGAUUGGGACAUUGCACUUGCAUCCAUCCUAGCUUGCAAGGUUCUCAGCAAUUGUUUGAUAUGUUAUUGGAAUCCAAAAUUCCUGUUGAGUUAUGCUUGACGUCAAAUGUGAAAUGUAAAACAGUACCAUCCUAUGCAUCUCAUCAGUUUAAAUAUUUAUACGAAGCUGGACAUCCUAUAACAAUUGGAACCGAUGACAAAGGUGUUUUCAACACAUGUUUGUCAGAGGAAUUGCAGUUAUUAAGCUCUGUUUUUAAUAUCGGAAAAGAACAGCUUAAAAAAUUGUCUAUGUUAUCUGUGCAAUACAGUUUUGCAAAUGCAAAAGAAAAAGAAAGUUUAUCGUCGAUAAUUGAGAGUUUUCAUAUUUAGUAUGUUCUUUUUAUUUUGCUUUGGUUUUAACUGACAUCAAAUGCUUUUUUAUUAUCUGCGCAUGCGUGCCUGUGUGUCUGUAUAUGUGUGUAUUUCUUUUAUUAAUAUUUUAGAGACAUUUAGACAGUUUCUCAGUUAAAAUAAGAACAUUUCUAAUAAAAAGAAAGAGAUGCAAUGCAUCUAUUCUGAUAUUCAAGAUGAUACAUAUAAAAGUAACAUCAAUUUUAUUCAUAAUGUCGGCUAUUGUAUGUGUUUACAUACAUUCACAUACAAUAAUUAAUUUUUUAUUUAUAUAUGAAGACUAUAUAUUCGUUUAACAUUAUUAGUAUGCCAUCUUGUUUCUCUCCAUAUUAUAUAUUUACAAUAUUUAUGAUAGUUAUUCGAAUAAUGUACCUAUAAGUAUAAUAUGUCUUUUGCAAUGAUUGAAGAAUCAAUAAUAACUAGAAACUGGAUACAUCGCCGCAUAGUAUAUCCUUAACAAUCGCUUAGCGCGCUUUUUCAUGAUCUUAAUAUAAUUUCUUAUCAUAUUCUUAAAAGUAUUUAUUUGCUAGUUUUUCUAUUGUGCAUUUCACAAUUUUAUAUCAAAAACUAUGAAUUAAAACUUUCUUGGUACUAAAAACACAAUUACGAGCAUCUCAUCAUUGAUGCUUCAAUAAUAUUACAGACAGUUAAUGUCCCCUAACUUUUUUUAUAAAUAAUUUACACAUACGUUGAGUCUCGAUAAAAUAAAACGAAGAAUAACAAAGAUUUGAUUCAAUGUUAUUUCGUGAUUUAAUUAUUAUUUGUUAUCACAUUGUAACAAUUUAUAGUAAUAGAUGUUAUACUAUAUAAUAUGUAAUGACAAUAUUAU